AUGUUAUUUUUACUAAGAUCCAAGCGUAUACUAAGAUAUUUAAGUGCUUCUCAAAGUCAGUGUCGGUGUAAAAGUGAUGUCAGACUUAGUAAUUUAAAAAAUAAAAUAACACAGGGCCCAGGAUUAAAGGAUUUCAUUAUGGAAUCAACUGGUGCAUCUGAAGUUAUCACUCAUCGUCCUUAUAUACCGUACUUACCAGAUAUUAUUCAAGAUACUUCGAAACGAAAGGUUUAUUUCGAUGUGUAUGGGUGCCAAAUGAACCUGAAUGAUACAGAAAUUGUGUGGUCAAUAUUAAAGAAGGAGGGUUUCGAAAAGACGGAAAUUGAAGAAGAAGCAGAUGUUUUCUUAGUUAUGACAUGUGCUAUCAGGGAAGGUGCUGAAACAAAAAUAUGGCACAGAUUAGACCAUCUUAGAGGUUUCAAGAGAAGGCGUUCAUUAGUAAAAAAUAUGAAACCCAUUAAGAUUGGGAUUCUUGGUUGCAUGGCGGAACGGUUAAAAGAGAAGUUGAUAGAAAAAGAAAAGGCUGUUGAUGUUGUUGCUGGUCCAGACAGUUACCGUGAUCUUCCUCGACUGCUGGCUGUGACAGAGAGUGGUCAAACGGCCGUGAAUGUUCUAUUGUCACUCGAUGAGACAUACGCUGAUGUGGUCCCAGUUAGGUUGAACAAGAACAGUGUGUCUGCUUUUAUAUCUAUAAUGCGGGGAUGUGACAAUAUGUGUACAUACUGCAUCGUACCGUUCACACGAGGUCGAGAACGCUCAAGACCUAUCAGUUCUAUUGUGGAUGAAGUGAAGCACUUGUCUGAUAGUGGUGUGAAGGAAGUCACCCUACUGGGACAAAACGUUAAUAGCUAUAGAGAUGUUACACAGAACACUGACAAGUUCGAUACUAGCAUGGCUAAAGGUAAGCAAAUUGUUAAGAAAACUAAGAGUUUAAAAUUAUUAGUGAAGGAAAGGAAGAAACAAAUUCUUGGAAAGGGAGGUCUAAGGUUCGCUGACCUCUUAGACAAAGUUUCUUCUGUGGAUCCCGAGAUGAGAAUCAGAUUUACAGCAGCACACCCCAAAGACUUUCCUGAUGAAGUGUUGCAGGUGAUAGCAUCUCGUCCUAACAUCUGCAAGUCCCUCCACCUGCCAGCACAGUCUGGCUCCAGCGAGGUGUUGGAGCGAAUGAGGCGUGGAUACACCAGAGAGGCUUAUUUAGAACUGGUUGAACGGGUUAGAGAAGUUCUACCAAACGUGGGUCUCUCCACUGACAUGAUCUGUGGUUUCUGCGGUGAGACCGAAGAUCAGUUCCUUGAGACAUUGUCUCUGAUGGAUAUAGUUGAUUACAACGUCGCCUUCUUGUUCCCAUACAGCAUGAGAGAGAAAACAACAGCCUAUCGCCGUUAUAAAGACGACGUUCCAGAACAUGUAAAAAAAGACAGACAUCGGAGAAUGGUCGAGUUAUACAGAAAGAAAUGUCAGAGAUUGAAUGAAGAAGAGAUUGGGAACAUACAUCUUGUGUUAGUGGAAGGAAUAGUCCCUAAAACGGGUCAACUGCUUGGAAGGAAUGAAUUGUAUAUAAAAGUGGUGUUCGAUCAAACUGUUCUACCAUCAGGUGGAGGAGGAAGACAAAUUACACCUGGAGACUAUAUAGCUGUUAGGAUAGUAUCAGCUAAGUCAUCAGUUUUGACCGGAGAAGCUUUGUAUCAUACAAGUAUUGGACAGUUUUACAGGGACUAUGGCUGGUCUGAAAGAUUUGCUCUUAGAAAUUAA